AUGGCAUCGAAAAAACCUCGAGCACAGGCAAACACUACCCCAGCGGUACCACUUACCACGUCCAAAACUUCCCUCCGACGGUAUUUCGGAGAAAAACCGGAGCCGGAGAGCAAAUCCAAGAUGGCGGCGGUAGAGAAAUCUCCCGCGCACAGCGCACCUUCUAGCCCUGCACCCUCAGAAAGCUCAUUAGAGGGUAACGACCUAAAAACCCUACUCUCACAACUACCAUCUAAACUAGAUCUGGAACUGAUGUUUUCCAAGAUGGAGAGGAGCUUUGGGGACAAACUACAAUCGCUCCACGAAGAGGUAAGCCAAAUAGGCCACAGGGUACAGACACUAGAAGAAGAAGGGGAGGCAAGUGCCCUGCAUCUCACAAACAUACAAUCCCUCCAGCAAACCCACAAUGAAGCCAUCCUAUUCUUACAAAGAAAAAUAGAGGAUUUGGACAAUAGAGGCAGGAGAAACAACCUCAGGAUAAGGGGUUUCCCUGAAACACAGCAGGGGGAGACAGAAGAUAUCAUACUCCUACUCACUGGCCUCUUUAACAAGAUACUGGGCAGGCCUCUUGACACAGUCAUUAAAUUUGACCGCGCACAUAGGGCGCUUAGACCUCGGGCACUGCCCCAGGACAAACCAAGGGAUAUUAUCUGUAAAAUCCACCACUUCCCACUUAAAGAAGCAAUCCUGCAAAAAGCUAAGCACCUCAGAGAAAUCAAACAUGACGACCAUAAAGUGCUGAUUUUCCAAGACUUGGCACAAUCGACCCUCAUAGCGAGGAGAGCACUCAGACCCAUAACAACAGCCCUUUCGGACAUGAACAUUAGAUACAGAUGGGCAUAUCCCUUUGCUCUUGUGGUCACGCAGCAAGGGACAACGUACUCUAUCUCGACACCUGCGGAGGUCCAAGCCUUCCAGCAAGCCCUAAAACUACCAAAGGCCGCAGUGGAGGACUGGACUGGGCUAACACUGGGACAGACAUCACACGCCUCUCAGAAAAAUAAAUGGCAAAGAACCCCGAAGAAGCGCAGAAGGCGUAUCCCAUCGGGCAAUGAACAGACCACAUCACCCAGAGGCACCACAAGCAGACCCACCUGA